AAAAACUAAUACCCUCCCAAAAGUACGCGUGUGUUUCACUCCCCAAUCACUUGGAAGUAAUGACCAAUCCUCAGGUAGUGUCUUCGCGUACAUCGGACUGUGGUUUUACCUUCCUUGGUACCAGCUCCCAUCGACAUGUCUCCAUCGGGCUUCCCACGCGCACAUAAGCGGCGCGUUGAAGCGCGUACACGUCUUUCCUUGUUUCUUGCCCAUUGUUUCUUUCAGUGUCUUGGUCUCAGAAAAAAUAGCUGAAGUGACCCCAUCAGUGAAACGAAAGCCAUUAUCCCUUCUCUCCAAAAAUCUCCAUAGAUCGCUGGGCUCCGGCAUGGCACUCCGCCGGAAAUUCAAGCUCCGGCCACUCCAGACUCCUUACCCGGGCUAAAUGCGAAGAAAGCGCUACCAUUUCAGCAGCUCUAUCCAACCCGGCAAGAAUGACAACAACGAUGAUGACGAUGACACUGCUACUGCGGUGAAAAAAGAACCUUUCAAAGUUCGGAAUUCCCAAACAAGACCCCAGCUUUUUUGUUCCUUUUCAUCUGGGUCCUCGCAAUGGCGGCUACGAACACUGCACCACCGCCAGUGGACUCAGCCGCGACCGUCGCCGCCUCCGCCGCAGUGUCAAGCGAAGAGCUGACUGCUAAGGCCGUUCACAAGAGGUACGAAGGGUUGGUGAUGGUUCGUACCAAGGCCAUUAAGGGGAAAGGGGCGUGGUACUGGGCGCACCUAGAGCCCAUGCUGGUUCAUAACAGCGAUACGGGCCUGCCCAAAGCAGUCAAGCUUAGGUGCUCUCUCUGCGACGCAGUUUUUUCGGCCUCGAACCCGUCCCGCACCGCCUCGGAGCACCUCAAGCGCGGUACUUGCCCCAAUUUCAACUCCGUCGCCAAAUCCAUUUCCUCUCUGUCACCCUCCUCUGUUUCAAUGGCUUCGCCGGCUCCGUCUCUGCAACCCAACAAUCGUAAGCGUAGCUCGUCUUCUGCUUCAGCUGGUGGUGGUGGUGGCUCGGGUUGUUCGUACCAUGUACCACCGCUGGCAAUAGUGGAUCCGUCGCGGUUCGAGCUGGCGUUCUCGCAGGCGAUGUCGGUGACGACAGUGUUGACGCCGAGCUCGGGGAAUUUGCUGCCACAGCAGCCGCAUUUGAUGCUCUCCGGUGGGAAAGAGGAUUUGGGAGCUCUUGCUAUGUUGGAGGAUAGUGUCAAGAAGCUCAAAAGUCCGAAAACGUCACCUGGACCGACACUCAGUAAGACCCAGAUUGAUUGCACGCUUGAUUUCCUCGCUGAUUGGGUCUUCGAGUCUUGCGGGUCGGUCUCUUUCUCGAGCUUGGAACACCCCAAGUUCCGAGCUUUCCUGAAUCAAGUUGGGUUGCCGGCGGUGUCUCGGAGAGAUUUCACCGGUGCUAGAUUGGAUACUAAGUAUGAGGAAGCCAAGGCUGAGUCUGAAGCGAGGAUUAGAGACGCUAUGUUUUUUCAGAUUGCCUCCGAUGGGUGGAAAUCCAAGAAUUAUGGGGUUCCGGUGGAAGAGAGUUUGGUUAACUUGACUGUGAAUCUUCCAAAUGGAACUAGUUUGUAUCGGAAAGCAGCGUUUGUUAGUGGUUCUGUGCCUUCUAAGUACGCAGAGGAGGUUUUGUGGGAGACAAUCACGGGCAUUUGUGGGAAUGCCGUGCAGCAGUGUGUAGGUAUAGUUGCAGACAAGUUUAAGGCCAAGGCAUUGAGGAAUUUGGAGACUCAGUAUCAUUGGAUGGUUAAUCUUUCUUGUCAGUUCCAGGCGUUCAAUAGUUUGAUUAAGGACUUCAGCAGGGAGCUUCCAUUGUUCAAGACUGUCACUGGGAAUUGUUUCAAGCUAGCCAAUUUUUUCAAUUACAGGUCUCAGAUUCGGAAUAGCUUCCAUAAAUAUCAGUUGCAGGAGCAUGGACAUGCCGGGUUGCUAAGAGUACCGUUGCGCGAGAGUGAGAGUACUGUAAACAUUGGAUCUGUAUAUACAAUGGUGGAGGAUAUACUGAAUUCUGCUCGAACGCUACCGUUGGUUUUGCUGGAUGAAUCGUACAAGAUGGUAGCAAUGGAGGACCCAAUUGCGAGAGAAGCCGGGGAGAUGAUUCAGGAUGUGGGGUUCUGGAAUGAAUUGGAGGCAGUGCACUCGUUGAUUAAAUUAAUCAAGGACAUGGCUCAAGAUAUUGAGGCGGAAAGGCCAUUAGUGGGGCAAUGCCUCCCACUUUGGGACGACCUUAGAGCAAAAGUGAGGGAUUGGUGCUCCAAGUUCCACAUCGCUGAAGGACCAGUAGAGAAGGUGAUUGAAAGGCGGUUCAAGAAAAACUAUCACCCAGCUUGGGCUGCUGCUUAUAUACUUGAUCCUCUUUAUCUGAUCAAGGACACUAGUGGAAAGUACCUUCCACCAUUCAAACGCUUGAAUUCUGAGCAGGAAAAGGAUGUGGAUAAGCUCAUAACCCGGCUUGUUUCGAGAGAAGAAGCUCAUAUUGUGCUUAUGGAACUUAUGAAAUGGAGAACGGAGGGGCUUGAUCCAGUCUAUGCACGAGCUGUACAGAUGAAGGCGAGGGACCCCGUUACUGGAAAGAUGAAAAUUGCCAACCCCCAGAGCAGUAGGCUUGUGUGGGAAACGCACCUUACUGAAUUUAAGUCGCUAUGGAAAGUCGCAGUUAGACUUAUCUUUCUUCACGCAACUUCUUGUGGUUUCAAAUGCAAUUGGUCUUUCUUGAGAUGGGUGUGUGCCCAUGGGCACUCAAGGGCGGGUAUGGACAGGGCUCAGAAAUUGAUAUUCAUUGCAGCUCAUUCAAAACUUGAGAGACGGGAUUUUUCAAGUGACGAGGAUAAGGAUGCCGAGCAGUUCACCUUGUCAAACGGUGAGGAUGAUGUGCUAAAUGAGGUUCUUGUCGAUACAUCCUCGGUGUAGCAUUUUUCUUUUCACUUGUUUAGAAACUAAAUUUGUAGGAUUUAUUGAAUUCUUUCCACAUCUUAAUUGUUUUUUCUUCGUUUCCAUUUUGGUAUUUCCUUACUUACUCUUUACAAGAUUUUGGGGGCAGUCAGGUGGGGAAGAGAAGUCACUGACAAGGGAUUGAAUUUUGUAUUCCUACCGCUCGACCUCAUGCAUCAAGAAACAUCCCAUCUUCACCCUAGAUAAUGUCGGAGUUUUUGGGUUUGCAGAAAAAAAAAAAGGAAAUCUUCUUCUUUGUAAAGAUAGAGAAUGCUACACGAGCAACAAAGUUUCCCACCAGGAAGAAUGCUGUAAAAUUUUUAUUCCUCUAGUAAUUCGAGAUGAAUAAUCUUUAUGAAGGGGAAGGUUUUAUUCUCUCCUUAAAGUUUUACGAUUGAAUAUCCAUUCUAACUUUUUCUGUGAGAUUUAGUAAACUAACAAUUAGAUAUUUGCAAACAUAGAGUGGGGGUAAUUUUGAUUUUGCCAUGUAAUCAGAGUUGAUGUGAUGGAGAUGUGUGUGGAUCUGUGUAUUGUGUGUGUAUUCAGUAUUUAUAUCGGAGUUUAUUUGGGUUGUAAUGUAGAAGAUGCUCUUUCGUCAUUCAAUUGUAACAAUUUACCUUUAGGACUGCAUCUGAUACAUAUUUGCAGGAACUAUCUCAAGUGGACAUUGAUUUACUCCAAAACUAACCUCUCCGUAAUUGCAUUCUCAAAAUCUGUGAAGGUGCUGCUUUAUUCUGUCACUCAGUUAUUAUAUUACUAAUCUUCACCAUCCUAACUCAAUUAAUAAAGUGAUUGAUCUUCAGACGCAAUAAUAUUUCUUUUUGGAAAAAACUUGUCGAAAUGUAAAUUCAUCCCAAAGUCAUAGUUGACCUCUUGAAGCUUAUGUAACUGAACAAUUGGCCCCUUGUUUUCAGAUUCAACGGAUGUGUGGACUGCUGGUAGUUCCUUGGUUGCCAUGCAUGAUUAAUCGUCUGUACAGCACAGUUCAAUUAGUGCUCUUUUAUACAUGGAAGAAUGAUCGUGAGGGUUUGCCUUGGAAGCUCCAAUUGUUCUUUUACAGAUAUCUUGUGGUCAGUCUUUCAGCGAAUUGAGUUCCCUCGACAAGCAUAGAAGCAUUCGACAAAGAUAUCGUUGGACUGGAGAGGUUCCACCAUAAAUGGGUUGGUUGUUAGUAGGAUUGGAUGGACCAUGAUUAAAGAGAAGUUUGCCAAAAGGAUCCUAGAAGGAUUUGACUUGAAACUUCUGCAUUGGGGUGUCUUCUUGCAAAACGCCAGAGUUUUGCUCAAACUGUUCGGGUGGGUGGCGAGCCGGGUCAACUACCUUGGAAGAGACCUGAGAGUAAACCUUUCUAGCUGGAAGAGCACUACAAGCUCUUUCUAUCUUCAGAAAUAUCUCCUGGUUUUUGUGUCUUUGAGAGAGUGAAGCCCCACAAUAAAAGGAGUGGAAGUCUUUAUCCUAGCCUGUUUGUCAUGGAGAUAAAUGGGUUUAUUUUUUAUUUUUUAUCUUAACCCCCAUCAAAUCAGAGCUUUGGGUUACUUCUCUCUUAAACAUUCCAAGGCUGUGGCAUUCAUGCAGAGUUAAUGGGGUGAUGCUCCCCGUGAUUAUGAGAAAGGUCUUGAGAGGUCCCGAAGCAAAGAAGACUUGUCGGCUUGAAGCAACACAAGGAGAUGCUUGAGAGUGAUUCUACAACGAACUUUGAAUUGAUUUUUCUGGUCUGGUUUCAAAUAACAAUGGGUGUUGAAAAUAAUUAUAUUUAACAGGGCACUGCUGAUGCAAACCUUAAUUGGAUCUUUUUCCACAUUUCAUUUAUGAAUAAUUUUUUUUUUAAUGUUAUGAUUGCUAUCAAAGUUAUCUGUGCUGGUACAAGUUUAAUUAUUGAGUAUUCAAAUAUGUUGUCGGGAUGUGUAUGUCGCAAAAUAUA